CGGUGGUGAAAUUCAGUAACGUUCUCGACGUGUGCGAAUCGUGUCACGCGCGUUCCGCCGACGUCCGCCCGCCCACCAGCCUGCCUGCCGCAGACGCCUAGCACCAGUUAAAUUUGAUCAGUUCUCAAUAUUAUUAUUAAUUGUUAUCAUAAUAUUAUAUCGUACUGUAAUAAUUGACAUUAUAUUAUAAUAUUAUAUCGUAUAUCUUCGUCUGCCGACUGCCGUCACCCAGGAACCGUAAAAAGAGAUGACUAACGACAUGGAAGUGGGCAAUAAAUCAUUUCAUCUACGGUGGAAUAAUCAUUUGGAAAAUUUACGUGCACUGUUCGAAUGUCUGUUUAACGAACAAAUUCUCGUCGAUGUGACAAUUGCUUGUCAAGAUGGCCUAUUGAGGGCGCAUAAGCUAAUCUUGUCCGCGUGUAGUCCAUACUUUGAGACAAUCUUUCAAGAAAAUCCGUGUAAACAUCCUACAGUGAUAAUGAGAGGUGUUACCUUACAUGAGAUGCAGAGUCUGUGCCAGUAUAUGUACGUGGGUUCUGUUGAAGUACAAGAGAGCAGUUUGAGUUCUCUUUUGAAAGUCGCUAGAGAGUUGCAAAUUAAAGGUUUGUCAGAGAAAACUGUAUCCAACGAUCAACCGAAACAUAAGCCAACAUUCAAUUAUACGCCAAUUAAAUCUGAAACUUCUGACCAAGAUGCUAAUAAUAAGUUUGAAAUGACAAAUGGUAGCACUAGCUCAAUUGAAACUGAUUCGAGGACAUUCCAAGUACCUUGCGAGGACGAUUCAUCUGAUAAUAAUACGUCUUUUGAACAUUCAGCUAUGUUAAGCCCUCAAGUGAUGAUGGAUGAGCAUAUAGACGAAAACAAACCCACAAUACUGUCACAACCCAAGUACCAGCCGACCCAAGUAGAUUUUCAAGCCUUUAUUGAGGCCCAAAACAAAGUUAACCUCACCGGGUCUGUUGAGUGCCCAACUUGCCAACGGACGUUUCUGAACAAACAAAACCUUAGGCGUCAUAUGCAAACCCAUUCCGGAUUGAAACCACAUCAGUGUUCAUUCUGCAAUCUGUCAUUUUUAAGACUAUCACAUUUGCAACGUCACCACAGGACGCAUACAGGAGAACGACCAUUUAUGUGCACAGAGUGUCCAAAGAGUUUCUCGAGGUCAGACAAGUUAAGAUAUCAUAUUAUGCAGCAGCAUGCCAGCAUGGCUCACCUUCCUGGACCCAAGCAGAGAGGUAGACCGAAAAAGUUUGAUUCGUCACCCAGCAACGUAGAUGUCACAAUGGUGGCAAACAUUCAAAAUUUUGAAGAACAAUGUGUACCGGUGCCUGUUCAGGAGUUACAAGAGCCAUUGAACUUGGCUCAUUAGAUCUCUAGACCUCUUUAAUGUUUUUCUUUUUUUUUUUGUAAAUUUUUUGUUUAAUUGAUUAUGUUCACGACUUAUAGUUUAUAAUUAAUAUAUUUGGUUUGAUUUUAGUGUAAAUAAUUAAAGAGUUAAAUCAUAGUUUAUAUAAACUAAAUGUGGACGAUACCAUUUAGAUAGUGCAUAAAUUAUUAAGUCUAAUCUAUUGAUUUAAAAAUUGUGUACCUGUAUAUUUGGAUUUUAAAAUGUUAAUGUCAUCAUGAAAUUUUUUAAAAAUAGUAUUAACUACUGGCAUCAGUCAAAGGACAGAUCCAAGGGUUCAAGCUCACAUCAUACACGAUACACAUGUAUUGUAUUUCUACAUUUGUUUAAAGUAAUGUUUAAUCUAAUAAUUUAAUUACCUAAAUAGGUAAUUGAAUAAGUUAAAUAAUAUAGUAUAUACAUUAUUACACUACCUAUCUCUAGGGAUUUGAUACCUACUUGUAUAAUAUUUAAAAACGUACAAGAUAAAUAUUUGUGUAGUGUACAUUCAAAUUAAUGCAGAGGGGGCUUGGAUCUGCUCUGGGUCUGUCCCUAUUUUUGCCCAUUGGUAUACAUUUAUGGUACUUUAAUGGAUAUUGUGGUUCGCAUAGAACAUUUUUACUGUGAUGACAAAAACUUAUAUGUGUAUUGUACAUUUUUCUAUUUUACCUUGAUGUAGUUAUAGUAUCAUUAUGACAAAAAAUAAUUAUGUAAUUUUACCGUUUGAAUUUUUAAUUGACUUGUAUUUUGUGUUUAGUCCUAAAAAUACAUUUUUUUUCUUGCUAAUAACUAUAGUUUAUCAUAAUAUUAUUAUAUACUCAAAAUUAACUUUAAUAUCUCAAUCAAAACUACACAUAUAAUCUGGUACUGUUUAUCUCCACUCUCUAAGUUAGGGUUAUUUUUUAUUGCCAGUUGUAUUUUACAUUAUGAUAAACUGAUAUUUAGGAUAAAUAUUUUUUCUAUUAAAAAUAAUUACCUACAUAAGACUGAAAAAAAAACAGAAAUGUAAAAUAAUAUAACUAUUUGUAUGCAAUAGAAUCAAACUUACCAGAACCAUUUAUAUUU